AUGAAUAUAGGAAACAUACUAAAGGAAUUAAGUUCACAUUUUAUUAGUCUUACAGAAUGUGGGCUUAAAUAUGGCCCUCAAGGUAAAAUGCUACUAAGAAAUCUUGAAGAACAAUGGUUUCUAAAUUGCAUUACAAUGUCACGCUAUAAUAUAUUCUUAUCAGAUGAAUUUAAUCAGACUUUAAAUUUUGUUAUAAAAACUGAAAUGAGUGAUAUACCAUUUGGAUUAGCUUCAAUAAAGAACUCAAAAAAUUAUUGGGAUUUAAAUCUAUUGCCUGUACAAAAAUCAAAUUCUCACAGAAUUGCUGAGACAAAUAUUUUUAACAAUAAUACAGAAACAAAAGAUUUAUUCCAUAAAAUUCAGAAAGAACGUAAAAUUUGGUGGCGGAGAUUAGCACAAUAUCCUUCUAGAUUUAAGGUUACAGAAGCAAAAAAGAUAAAAGAUUGUAAUGUAGUAGAUAUUGAAGCUCAAUUUCCAUUUGGCAAUAUUAUUGUGGAAAAAAUAACUUACCAUACAGAUGUUGAAAAACUAUUUUCCCAGGUUGAUAGUAAAAAAGAUUUUACCAACAUACAAAUGGUUGAGCAUAAGGUAUCUUUAGAUUGGGGUUGUUUAGCACUACUUUGUGACGCAUAUGAUAUGAAUAAAUCUUCCAAAACGCAUCUUCAUUCCAAGUUAGCACCACAUAAAGUUGCAUUUCAUAUAAAAAGUUCAAAUAAUGAAGAGAAUACCAAAAAUGAUGAUUUAAAUCGUUUUGUACUAUACUUAAAUAAUAUGCUAAGAACAAAGGGCCUAAAUACAAUAUUAACCACUUCAGAAAAAAUUAUAGAUACAUGCUUAAUUCCUUUUAUAGUUUCUGUUGAUACGACUAGUCUUGAAAAUGGCAUUAUAUAUAUAAGAGAUAGAUCCACAACUCUUAGUGAAGCAAUACACGUAACCGAUUUAGUAAAAUAUAUAAUUCUACGUUGUUAAUCAAUUAAUAUGAUAUAAUUUCAUUUAAAUAAAAUUAAUAUAUCAAAAGCUACAAAUAUAAAAUAUCAAUAUAAUUAAUUUCUAGUUUCUAAAAAAUAUAACAAAUUUUGAAAUCACAACAUUGUUACCAUCAUUUCCAAUUAUUUUGUAUUUUAUGUAUAUUUUAAUUAAAUGAAUGAUAUAGUUAUCAUAGUAAUACAUACUUAUUAUGUAUUAUAUAAAGACGUAAUAUGCUGAGAAUCAAUGAGGAUAACAGUCUAAAAUAAUGUUGCCGUGUGGGACAUAAAUGAGAAAUUAUACAUGGAUGUUUCUGAUGUUGAACGUAAAGAAAAAUGGAAUGCUUUACAAUUAAUAAAAUGUAUACUUUGUACAUGAA